GCAGGACAGCCUGAUGGCCGCCGUGAAACCCGCCCUGCAGCACCUGGUCAAGGUGCUUGCUGAGUCUAAUCCCGGCCGAUACGGCUUCCUCUGGCACUGGUUUGAUGAGAUCUAUGUCCUUCUGGAUUUGCUGCUCCAGCAGCACUAUCUGGCCAGGUGCAGCGCCUCCUUUUCUGAAAACUUCUAUAGCUUAAAGAGGAUACCGAUAGGAGAUUGCAGACAGCAGCCUCUGGCCACUGCUGGCCUGCCAAAGAGGCAGCACUGGAAGUCUCUCCUCUUGCUGGUUCUUGUUCCUUACCUGAAAGGAAAGCUAGAGAAACUGGUGUCUAGCCUGAGGGAAGAGGAUGAGUACUCCAUCCACCCUCCAUCGUCGUCCUGGAAGCGCUUUUACAGAGCAUUUCUAGCUGCCUACCCCUUUGUAAACAUGACCUGGGAGGGCUGGUUUCUUGUCCAGCAACUGUGCUAUAUCCUCGGGAAAGCUCAGCAUCAUUCACCCAUGCUGAGGCUGGCUGGCGUUCGCCUCGUCAGACUGACUGCAGAGGACAUCAAGGCCCUGGAGAAGAAAUUGGCUGGAGCCACCUCAAGUCAAACACACAGCAUUAAAACACAAGUGCAGUCAGCAGCGAGGAAAGCGUUGGGUGGCAUCGCCUUCUCCCUGUCCACCGGGCUGUCCGUCAGUGUGUUCUUCCUCCAGUUCCUGGACUGGUGGUACUCCUCAGAAAACCAAGAGACGAUCAAAUCUCUGACAGCGCUCCCUACUCCUCCACCCCCUGUACACCUCGACCACGGGGCCAGCUCAGCUCUCUUACCCAAACUGAAGACCGUGUGCCCUCUGUGCCGCAAAAUUCGCGUCAAUGCUACCGCCCUGUCCACGUCCGGCUUUGUGUUUUGCUACCGCUGUGUGUACAGUUACGUGAAGACUCACCAGCGCUGCCCGAUCACAGGCUACGCCACAGAGCUGCAGCACCUUGUCAAACUGUACUCUCCUGAGAGCUGAAAGGCCUGCCCUGGGCUUUCAGAGAUACGUCUCUGAGGCUAGCAGCUGGGUAGCAGCGAGCUUAAAUUCGCCCCUUCUUAUGUCCCAUAGAACACUUUUGACCACUACAGCUCAUCGUUGAGCUCUAAAGCUCCUUUGAACUUGGUGGUACAGCAGAGCUUUGCUGCCUUUGUGAAUUCUGGUAGGGCUCUCCCCGUUGUUUAUUAGCUGCUCAAACAUCCUGUGACAGUUUCAGAGGGAUCGGACAGCCACAAUCUGUCAGCCAGCACAGAGAUGCCUUCAAAGACCAACCAAAAGGGAAGAAACAUUGAUUUGGAUAAGAAGAAUGCAGAUGUGAGGAUCAAAGAGCGUCCCUGGUAAAAGCCCUGCUCGAGGGCAUGAGCCAGCAAAUUAAAGAGCUCUGCUUCAGAAGAUAAAAAUCUCUAACAUCCUCCCUCACCUGCAAGCAAGAGAGCAAGGUUAUUGAAUAACGUGAGAAAAUACAGUAAUUUGCAUCCUCCCGAAGAUGCUCUGGAAAACACCUGUUGUAACAAAUGAGAUUUGUCCCCGACGCUUGUCUUACUAUCUCUAUACAACUUCUGCCUGUGCCACUAUGAAAUGAUAAUAAACUGUCUCAUUUCUCCUUUCU